GAGCGAAAUGUGGAGCGUGCGCCUGCGGUCGCCGGCCAAGAGCUCAGUGCUGCGAAUCGACAGCGCUAGCUCGCUCCAGGCCUUCCGAGAGCAAGCGCUGACCGCGCUGGGCCUCGCGGUCUCGGAUGGCUACACAUUCAAAGGUGGCUUUCCGCCUAAGGAAUUGCACGUCGAGGGUGAUGCGCCAAUGACCAACGUCGUCCAGAACAACGACACGGUGCUCAUCGAGCCAGCUCUUGCGGCGGCGCGGCCCGGGCCUGCAACGCGGAGCAUGACCCCAAAGAUGGCUCCAAAGACGGCGCCAAAGGCACCCCCCGCUCCGCCACGACGGACGACGACCAUUGCUGCGAAGAAGGCGAAGCGGGUGCCAAAGCCCAAGUUUACAGGCCACGGGCAUGUCCUCGGGUCGACGGUACAGGACGACGACGCGGAGAGCGAUGCGCCUAUCGAGCCGUCGCCUCUGCCCAAGCGCCGCAAGAUGAUCCAGCUCGGGAGCAAAGAAGAUGUGGGUGAAAAGCUCGUCCACGCGGUGAGCAGCCAUCGCGGAGCGUCGACGACCGAUAAAUUUUUGCGCUCGGCGACAAAGUCGGCCGUCAAUCACCAGUACGAGAUGACGUUGGCGAACGCACGGCUCCACGCAGCGCUCGCGGGUGCCUACUCGAUGCAGACGCUGACGCCCAACGCACUCGGCGUGGCGCAGAUGCGCGUUCGGUUCCUCGAGCGUGCGCGCACGUGGCGCGACGAGCAACUCGACCUCUUGCAGCCCACCGAGCUCACGUCCAUUCUCAAGUACGUGCUUCUCUCGGGCGGCGAGACGGGUCGCGAGAUGCUCAAGCCCUUCAACAUGGCCCAGUGUUCGCCACGUGUCUUUUGGAGCCUUGCACGACUGAGUGACGGCGACGUGGCCGCGGCGCUGGAAAAGCUGCUCCCGAACGAAGAUUGGUCGUUCCUUGGCACGCGGACGCGCACGCUGAGUGCCAAGGCCCUCGAAGCGCAGACGCACUCACAGCACUAUCGCACCGAAGUGCGUGACGAAGAGCCUCCGCUGCCGACGGCGGAUUCCGACGUGCCAGUCGUCAGCGAGAUGGAGACCCCUCGCGUCGACCGAGCAAGUAUGCGAAGCGUCGCGGCCAAGGCUGCGUUGGCGCGGCUCCGAGCUGCAGAGCCUGUCGCACCCAUGCGUGCUCCAGAGAUCAGCGAUGGUGCUGCGGAGGAUGUUGGUGAUGACGACGUCUCCACGGUCGUCUGCGAUGCCUGUCAAAAGGCCCGGAUCGUCCCCGCCGAUAAGAGCCAGAUCGUCGGACUGGACGAGUGUGGCGACUGGACGUGCGCCCGCCUUGCCGCCAUCGGUCGAGGCGACGGCUGUGCCAUGGUCGACGACGAAGUGCUUUCCAUCGUCACCGACGCAACGAUUGGCGCGUGUUUGAUCCAGAUCGGCGUGCGGACACGCGCCGAGCUCGCCAGCGCGGCGGCCGAAACCCUCUUUUCGUCAUGGCGGACGGCGUGCCGUGGCCACCUCAUGGAUCUCGACCGUCUCGAGUGCUUCAUCGAGCAGGCACGCGACGAAGAGCUCGAUGCGAUGGUCCAGAACAUUGUGGGCGACAGCGACGUGUACGAUGCGCUUGUGGCGCGUAAACUCGCGACGCCCCACGACGUGAUGCUGACGCCUGCCGAUGUCAUCCUACGCGACGUGCGCUCGGCGCUACAAGCAGCAGCAGUGUCGCUCGACACGAUCCAGCAGUGGAAGCUUGCGUGCGCGUCGGCGGUCGAGCAACACCCGUGGCUCGACGACUGGCGCAGCAUUUGAGUCCACUCAACGCCAGUUUUUGAGUUUGAUGAUGCACCGUCCUACUUCC